ACUUUUUUAUAUUCCAAUUUUAUUUUAGGAACAUUAAACGACAAUUGCAAGAUAUGCCGAAAAGGAUUAUUGAUCAACUCGGGUUAGAUAUCUUAGUCAUAUUGGUGGAUGGACAGUACGCAGCUGUGCCAAUGCUAUUUUAAAGGAAGCUAAAUGACAAGGUCUUUUAUGACUUCACUUUUACAGGUUACAAGAGAAAAAAUGUUUUCAAAGAGUUACGUUUUGCAAAGGCUUGUGAAGUUUUCAGUCAUCGUUUGGCCAGAUGGUGGAAUAUGCGUGGUAGCAACUAAAUGGUUAAAUAAAUCUAAAGAGAGUGUCGUAUAUCCUACUAAACUCAAAUGUCCUACAAAACUGGUAAUGUCUCUUGUAGAAGCGCAAGAAGAUUGGGAAGAUGUUAAUAUUGAGUUUUUGCACAGUUAUAAAACUUAUAACCUAGCUCGUAAAGCCACUAUAUUGGCUGUCGAAGAUGAACCCAUUGACUCCAACAUAGAAACUGAUUAUGAAAAACCGCGGAAGCGUCAACUUCCAAUCAGAUUUACUCAAACUUCUGAUGAUGACGAUUGGGAGCCAGAAAAUGUGCAUGCAAAACGUAAACAAGUUGUAGCAGGAUCCAGUCGAGAGAUGCAACAUGUCAAUGAAAAGCGUAAAAAUUGCGAAGAUAUCUCUCAAAAAAGUAAUGUACCAGCUCCUGCAGCAAAUAUUAGAAAACAGCUUGCUGCAUUGAAAGAUGAAGUUUCUAAAAAAGCAUUGAAGUCUAACGGAUCUCAUUUGAAUAAAAAAAAAUUUUUCACUAAAAAGAAACUUAUUAAAGUAAUCAAUGAUAAAGUGCUUCCCCAAAAAUCACCACUGAAAGAAAUUUUUAUCAACAAUGAGAAAAGUCUUACAGAUGUAGGAAAUACAAAUCCUACUGAUCUUCCAUCUACAUCCCAACAUACAAGCUUUCAUGCCUCUAAUACGUCUAACCUUUCAUUGGACAGUCAGAAUAUAACUUCUAAUGUAGAAAUAUUACCUGGAACACAAACAGAGUAUGAAGUUUCCCCCAUACUGCAAAAGUUGAGAGAUCAAAAGCAGCAAAGUGAAAUUUUCAAAAGCAGUGACGAGCGUAGUGACAAUGACAUAUGGAAAUUUGAAGAACAUAUGCCUGCAGAACAAAAUUUUAGUAGUAGAGAGAGUUCAGUAAAGAUAGAUUCCCUAAAAUCUUUGGAAGGUUCUGACGAUUUUUUCUGUGAGAAGGGAAAAAGAAGUGUCGAGAGCACAGAAAUUACAUUGGAUUUUAUUGACAACAUUGUCAAAGUUCAAGAAGAAAUACGCAUUAAGCUUGAUAACUUGGUCAAGUUAGAUCGUAUCUUAAGGAAGCUUUUUCCAGAGGAAAUAAAAUUAAAGCGACCACAUGGAAUCCCAGCAUUUCCUCUACGCACAGGGGAAAAUCUUGAAGAAAUUCUUACAGAUGACAACGCAUUUUUAUAUGUGGUGGAUGUUUUUACGGCAAAAAUUAAAAGUCAAGAAUCAGAAGUUGCUAGUGUACAGUCUGUACUCUCGAAAAUAAUUACGAAUUCCCUCUCCAGAUGUAUUAGCUGGGGAGGCACUCAGAAAACCAAAAUUGCUUUUAAUAAAAGCAAAACAUAUGAGGCUAUUCAAGCUUCUAUUUUGCAAAAAUUUGGUAAAACAACCAACCUGAAGAAACCUGAAGAUUACGUAAAACGUUGGUUUAAUACCAGUAGUCAGCGAGUGGUGUAAAUUCAGUUUUUUGCUUUUGUUCAUACUU